AUGACUGCUGAUAAGGCUAAAAAUCGAUUUCAAGAUGGAUUGACUGCUUGCCGAAAAGUGGUGAAAGAAUCCGCAAUGUUUGAGGAACUUUGCCAGGCGCUAAGGCCGCACAGAAGUUUAAUUGAAAAGGUACGAUGUCUCGCUAUAGGAAGCUUUCAUGACGAAUUCCCAGCUAGAUAUCAAUUGGCUCUUUUGUUGGAAUUGAUUGAUUUCAUUGCAGAUGAGAAACAAAGAACAAUUGAAGUGUCAGUAUACGAUCCAGUUUUUACUUCAGAUGACUUGAACUUCAUUAGUGAUAUGGGUCCAAACUGGAUGUGCAGUAAAGAGGUACCCAGUUGGAUUGGAGUUAGAGAUUCUAAUCAGGUUCUUUUUUUUCUGCCUCAUGCACCGCUGGACUUAACUGAAGAGAUUUUGAAGACAGAGAGACCAGAACUUUGGUUAGCCAACAACGUCAUCGCGCAUACGGAUAGAUACACCAAGCUGCAACUACAUGAAAAAUAUCCAGUCAUUAGUAAGCUUUUGAAUGUUCUGGAGUCAUCUCUGAAGAACGAUCCGAUUUCUAGAUUACAUGAAGAUGAAGAAUUCACGACUUUCGUAUCCAAAAAGAAGAAGCGUAGGAACAGGAAAGUAUUCAUAGAACCGAAGAUAGACUACGAUUCAGUAGACUCACAUUUUGAGACUUGCAAAGUCCUUACAAGUUUCAACAACGGACUUCUCUUGAAGGAGCAACCUUGGAUAAACUCCUUCUCCGAUUUAACACUUCAUCACAUAGAAUGA